AAAUGCUUUGUUAUUUUUUAUCAGAAAAGAGCGCCACCGAGCUUGAAGCACUGAACUAGAAAAGAUACGGUAGACAUCGUUCGACUUUAUCAAGAGAAGAAGUUUCUUGACUUUCCUCUUUUUCUUUGUUUUUCCUUGUCUUUAUUUAGAAGAUGGAUAGUUGAUGCUCAUCUGAAAUUUUCGUCGAAGUUAAAACAUUAUCUCUCUGUAAUUUUCACCAAAGUUGCCUUAUUUUUCGCUAACUAUGCGGACUUUAAAUAGUGAACUUCGUUUUCAAAAUGUUGUGGUGCUGGUCAGAGCGGAAACGAAACCUGGCGAGACAGUUUUUAUUUCAGGAAAUUCACCUGAAUUAGGAUCAUGGAAAGUAUCAGAUGCUGUUAUGUUAAUGAAAGUAUCGCCCGAAGGAAACAUAUGGACAGGCGUUAUUACUGUUCCUAAAACUCAAAAUGUCCAAUACCGUUAUCUCAUCUGCUCAGUUGUGGAUAAUGAUGGGAAACAAGAAAAUAUUGUUCAGCAAUGGGAGAGCCAUUUAAGACCUCGUUUAUUGACUCCUCUUAAUCAUAUAGAUGGAAAAUGUGACUUAGAUGUGUUUGGAUAUAAAGAUGAUGUUGAAAGCAUUUCGUCUGGCUGGCUCACCGCAGAAACCAUAAUUCAGUUAAAAAUGUUCAAUAAUCCAGUCACCAUCUGGAAACGCCGCUAUAAAGAAAAACAAAUAUCUAUUCAUGUUUCUACGAUUGAUAUUACCAGAAAAGAUUCUACCGCUGCUCUUUUGGGAUUCGAAGAAGACAGUACUCUAACAGAAACUCUUGUUCAAAGUUGGCCUGUUGUUGAAGUUGCUCAAAUGAAUGAUACAGGUUGGCAAUUCAAUCCUCAAAGCCAGUUCGGAAUUAAUUAUGACCCAAAUGAUUACUCUAUUUUUCAAGUGCAGAUGCUAAGUCCAGAAACUAUUGCUUAUAUGGUAGAUUUCUAUGUUCAUGAAACAGACAUUCCAGAACACAUAGGCUUCUGUUACAUUUUGCCCAGUAAUAUGAGAGACACGUCUGGUACGUGUAACAUGCCCAUAUCUGGCAAAAGGCAACAGCCAAUAGGGCAAUUAUCAGUGGAUUAUUUGAUAAUCCGUCCUAUGAAAGACUUUGUGUGUGAUCUCAGUGUAUCCUAUGCAAAACAUUGGAAAAGAAGUGAAAAACGCUCCUUAGAUGUGGGGCACAGAGGGGCUGGAAAUGCUCGCAGAAAUGACAAGGUUGAAAAUGUUCUUGAAAAUACUGUGGCUUCUUUUAAUUAUGCUGCAAAACAUGGAGCUGAUAUGGUAGAGCUAGAUGUACAAUUGUCCAAAGAUCUGGUCCCAGUAAUAUAUCACGAUUACUACAUUUGUAUAUCCAUGAAAAAAAAAAGAACCCCUAAUGAAGAUGAAUUACUUAAACUAGCUGUACAAGAUCUUACUGCUCAACAGUUGCGUUUGUUAAAAGUAUGUGCACUUUUAUCAAUCUUUUUUAUGAAGCUUGUGUUUGCAUAGUCAUUGCUUUGUGUUUUUAUUGUUUU